UAAUUUUCGGCCGUUGCUCGCUUGUAGCGGCGGUACAAAAAAUGGCCAUCGUCAGAUUCGGUGAACUAUCGGUGCCUUUUUUAAUAAACUGUCCCUUUUAUUAACAAAGCAACGGAGUAGACAAUGCGAGUCGUGGCGGUGCGGGCCGUUACGGGAGCUACCGGGCGGUAGUCGGCUUGUUCCCAGCGGUUAGCGUGGCUCUGUGUCCGGGCUGAAGCAGAUGGGAGCCUCGGUGUGUUCGGGGAAAAGGCGGAAGACUGCGCAUCAACACAGCGAACCAGAGAUGCUACCAAGCUACAACCGCUAGCCAGCUCACUAUUUGUCCCAGGAUGCGGGUAAACAGCGGCCGAUACACCAGACAGAAGCUGAGAGGACACAAGACAGAAAGACUGGAGCCUCGACGGUGCUGUAGAGAUGAAUUAAGGACAACAAAGGAAACUUUUCGACUGAUGACGUCCUACUUUAUGGAGCCACGACGGGACGACUUGAACUGAGACAGUUUCGAUACUCAGCUAGACGCAGCGCUAAGCGAAACUCAGGAUGUCGAGCAGGAGGAAAUCCACCACUCCCUGCAUGGUUCCUCCUCGAGAAACCGUGGACUCGGAUCAGGAGAUGGAGGACGUGACGGAGGCGGCCGAGCCGGAGGACAGUAACGGCGUAGCGACCGUCUCCUCGGAGGCUUGCGGUCUGUCGGAGGAGCGCGGCGAGGAGGCCGACGUCCGACAGGUGUCAGACCACUACAUGGACUUGAACAUGGCGGAGGGAGGCUACGAGUGCAAAUACUGCAGCUUCCAGACAUCCGAGCUCAACCUGUUCACCAUGCACGUGGACGCGGAGCAUCCCGACGUCGUCAUCAACACCUCCUACGUCUGCAUGGAGUGUGACUACCACACCAAGAGUUAUGACACGCUGCUGGCCCACAACGCUCGCCUCCACCCCGGCGAGGACAACUUCACCCGGACGAUGGUGAAGCGGAACAACGAGACCAUCUUCCAGCAGACGGUCAACGACCUCACCUUCGACGGCAGCUUCGUUAAAGUGGAGGACGUGGAGGCGGAGGAGACGUCCCGUAAAGGCAUCGCCCUCAGCAAGACGCCCAUCAUGAGGAUCAAGAGCAGACCGGAACCCAAGAAGUUCACCGCCUUGCACAAGACCGCCGUAGACGACGUCAUCAAAGUGGAGAGCGACGACGAGGACGACGAGAACAAGGAGCCGCCCACGCUGUCGCCCGCCCCGAUGACCCCCGCCGCCAUCACCCCCCGGCUCAUCCCCGUCUCCGCGCCGGUGCAGGUCCAGGCCGUCCCGCAGAGCAUCGUGGUCAACAGCCCCAACGUGCUGCAGAUUAAAGGCGGCUCCGGCGGCGGCGGCGCCGUGCUGCCGCCGGGGACGCUGGCUCAGGUUCUGUCCGCCCUGCAGAACCAACAGAACAGCACUCAGACACAGACGCAGCUCCUCAUCCCCAUCAGCAGCAUCCCCACCUACAACACGGCCAUGGACAACAACGUCCUGCUGGUCAGCGCCUACAACAGGUUCCCGUAUCCCUCGGUGUCGGAGAUCAUGGGCUUGUCGUCGCAGACAAAGUUCAGCGAGGAGCAGAUCAAGGUCUGGUUUUCCGCUCAGAGGCUGAAACACGGAGUCAGCUGGACGCCGGAGGAGGUGGAAGAGGCGAGGAGGAAGAAGUUUAACGGCACGGUGCAGACCGUCCCUCAGACCAUCACCGUCAUCCCUGCCAACCUCGCCGCAGCUACGAACGGCCUGCAGUCCAUCUUCCAGACCUGCCAGAUCGUCGGCCAGCCGGGUCUCGUCCUCACGCAGGUGGCCGGUAACGGCGGCACCGUGCCGGUCGCCUCUCCCAUCACGCUGACAGUCGCGGGCGUCCCCGGCAACCAGCCUAAAGCCGCCGAACCGUCGACGUCAGAAUCAAAGACUGAAAUGUCAGCUUCCUCAGCGAGCACGCCGCUCAGUUUGGACGCAGCGGCGACCAAACCGAAGAAGUCCAAGGAGCAGCUGGCGGAGCUGAAGGCGAGCUACGGCAGGAGGCAGUUUGCCACCGAGGCGGAGAUUUCACGGCUCAUGCAGGUCACCAAACUCUCCAAACGCGCAAUAAAGAAGUGGUUCAGUGACACGCGCUACAACCAGAGGAACUCGAAGGACCACCACGGCGUCCUGCUGAGUGAAUCCCCGUCCAGCAGAGCGGUGGCGUCCGGAGGAAGCCGAGGAGGAAGGAACAACAGCGGCAGCUUUAACGACAGCAACACCAGCAACGCCACCGCCACCACCACCACCACCACCACCACCAUCGUCAUCGAUUCCAGCGACGACGCCAGCGACUGCUCCCCAACUUCUGCCAACACCCCGGGGUCAUCGGGUUCCUCCAGCGACCCGCGGGUCAAAUUCCGCCACGCCUUCCCGGACUUCACGCCGCAGAAGUUCAAGGAAAAGACUCCGGAGCAGCUGCUCAUCCUCGAGGCCAGCUUUCAGAAAUCAGACACGCCCUCCGACGAGGAGCUGAGCCGGCUGCGAGCGGAGACGAAGCUGACGAGACGCGAGGUGGACGCCUGGUUCACCGAGAGGCGGAAAAUGCCCUGCGGCGCGCAGUUGAAAGACGGAGACGUCGAGGGAGACGGCGAGAGGGCGAAACCAGCUGCUGUGCCUUCGUCCUCAGCUCAGGAACGGCAGACCACCCCUCCCGUCAGCAGGAAGACGAUGAAGAAAACGCCGGAGCAGCUCCACAUUCUGAAGAAGGCCUUCGUCCGCACGCAGUGGCCCACGCCCGAGGAGUACGACCAGAUGGCGGAGGAGAGCGGCCUGCCGAGGACGUACAUCGUCAACUGGUUUGGAGACACGCGCUACGCCUGCAAGAACAGCAACCUGAAGUGGUACUACCUCUACCAGAGUGGAAAGGUGGACGAGGCGCUCAACGGUGGAGCCAAGAGCCAGAAGAAGUCCAGGAAGCGUUUCCGGGGUUGGUCCAGGAGAACACGCCGGCCGUAUCCCUGCAAACGCUCCCCGCAGGGCGGCGUCACCACCAUCAAGGUGAAGUCCGGGAAGUCGUUUCUGAAGGACUACUACCUCAAACACCGAGCCCUGAGUGAGAAAGAUUUGGACGAUCUGGUGGCAAAGUCCAGCAUGAGCUACGAGCAGGUGAGAGACUGGUUCGCUGAGACCGCCAGGCGGGCGGAGGAGGGCAAGGAGCCCUUCAGUGAGGAGGAAGCCGAGGGAGAGGAGGAGGACGAGGAGGAUGAGGAGGAGGAGGAGGAAGAAGAAGAGGAGGAGGAGGCGGCAGCAGGAGCAGCAGAGCAUGCAGACAGUGAAGAGGAGAUGGAGGUGAAAGAACAAGGAGAGGAGGCAUCAGACGAAGACUGCAACGAAGAGGAGGUGGAGGAGGAGGAAGAGGAGGAGGAGGAGGAGGAGAGGGAGGACGCCGAGGAGGAGGAGGAGGAGGUGGAGGACAAUGAAACGAUCCAGGAAGAAUCUCAAGGUGUCAGCCAAUCACAGCCUCAGGCAGAGGAGCAGACAUGAGCAGACAGGAUUAAAGUUGCUGCCCCCACUGUGAAGACAACAUGCAGGAGGAUACAUGUCAGUGUUUCUCAGCCGGCGGGUCGGGACCUGAAGUUGUGCCGCAGGAAGCCGAGACAGAUUCACCGCUCAGACGGAUGAUGAUGAUGGUUACAGCGUCCGGUGGCCGAGUUGAACUUUGUGUCCUGAUGCAGCUGAGAAGCACUGA